GAGAGAGAGAGAGAGAGAGAGAGCAUCACAGUCAGAUUCACAUCGAGAGGAAACGUUCGUCCAAUGAUUCUUUAUUCUCUUGAAACAUUUGAUUUUUCUCUCCGGAUGAUUUGACUUCUUCAGACUUUUCAGAUUUUCUUUCGACGGAAGAAACUUUCUCGUGUUUCCUGUUUUCCUCCCUGGAGGAUUCGUCCUCGUGUUUUCAGCAGGUGAAGAACAGAAGUCAGAGGUGAAGCAGAGAAUCAGGCCUGAGUCUCACACAGGAAACUCAAGCACCUCCUUCACCUGAAGUAAGAACAUCAGUGUUGGUUCACUGAAGGUCCCGAAGCAAACAAGCCUCCAGUUAACGAUCAGAAUGACCAGAGAACUAACUCCUGCUCUUCAUAGAGAUCCAGGUUGUGAGAGAGCACUUUGAAGGAGUGAACGUCUGAAAUCGAUUGGAUGCAGGUUCUGUUCCAGAGAAGCGUCUCCUGAUGGCGGCCAACAACACGCCUCGGGGCUGCGGCCCGGACGUGGACUCGCUCUACUACAACCUGUGUGACCUGGGCGCCGUGUGGGGGGUCGUGCUGGAGGCCGUGGCGGCGGCCGGCGUGGUCUUCUCCUUCGUGCUCUUCAUCUCGCUGCUGGCCAGCUUGCCCUUCAUGAAGGACAAGCGCCGCAGGAGCUCGGUGGCGCUGCACGCCGGCUUCCUGGUCUUCACGGGCGGGCUCUUCUGCCUCACCUUCGCCUUCAUCGUGGGGAAGGACUUCUCCACCUGCGCCUCCCGGAGGUUCCUGUUCGGCGUGCUGUUCGGCGGCUGCUUCGCCUGCCUCCUGAUGCAGAGCGUGAGGCUGAACGUCCUCGCCAGGCGGGACAGAGGACCCCCGGCGUGGGCGCUGUGUCUGGGGGCGCUGGGGGUGUGGCUGGUGGAGGUGGUCAUCAACACGGAGUGGCUGAUCAUCACGGUGGUUCGCCACCCGCUGCUGCCGCUCAACGCCACGGCUGAGAGCAGCAGCGCCACGGCCACGCCCUGCAACAUCGCCAACCAGGACUUUGUCAUGGCGCUGAUCUACGUGAUGACCCUGAUCCUGGCGCUGCUGGUGGCCAGUCUGGCCGUCAUGGCGGGCAAACACAACCGGUGGAAGAGGGAAGGCGCCUGCGUCCUCCUGAGCGGCCUGUUCUCCGUGGGGAUCUGGGUGGCGUGGAUCGUUAUGUACGUCUACGGCAACGAGCGGCACGGGGGGCCCCGGUGGGACGACCCCACCUUGGCCAUCGCCCUGGUGGCCAACGCCUGGGUGUUCCUCAUCAUCUACACCAUCCCACAGAUCUGCUGUUUGACCGGGGAGGAGGAGCCUCAGCCGAGCGCCGGGGACGAGCUGUACCCGAACCAAGGAGCCGGGUACGAGAACAUCCUGAAGGAGCAGGGCGCUCAGAACAUGUUCAUGGAGAACAAGGCGUUCUCCAUGGACGAGCCCAACCAAGGGAUCAAACCUGUGUCUCCGUACAGCGGGUACAGCGGGCAGCUGCGGAGCUCCGUGUACCAGCCCACGGAGCUCGCUCUCAUCUCCAAAGCAGUAGGAACCCAUCGUCCCGUCCCGUCCCAGGACCUGGUCAUCCCCCGAGCCUCCGCCUCCUCCGCAGCUGACAGUGGGAGCAGCUCCGCCUCCUCACUCGCCAGGAGCGGGAACGCUGCGUCGAAUGGAAAUAGUGGGAACGGUCUGCACAGGACGUCCCAGUGGUGAACACAUCUGGACUCCUCCCCCCCCCCCCCCCCCCCGUGGUUCCCUGAGCUGGUUCUAAGAGGAACCCUCAGCCCGACAUGUGGAGGUGAACCCAGGAUGAACCAGUUAAACCUUCUAUUGACUGAUUCCCUCGCGCGUUUAACACAAAACAAAGACUUUGAAAGGUCGUCAUUCACCGUGAGCUGGUGCCGCUCACACAGACACACACACAGACACAGACACACACACACACACACACAUACAGACACACACACUCAUACAGACACAGAGCCACAGUGCUGACGACGCAAAACACCAGGGAGAAUAGUUAAGCUUCGUGUUGGGGGGGUGGUCAGCUUAGCAAAUACACACAAGUGCAAAACCUCUUUCCUGCACACACAAACACACAAACACACACACACACAAACACACACACACACACACAAACACACACACACACACACACACACACACUCACACACACAAUAUUGUUGAUAACCACAAGGUUCACGUGUAAAAUUUCGCCGCUGCUUUGGAAUUCAUGUAAAUAAGUUGUGAUUGUCCAUGGAAGAAUUGUGUGAAUAUUUAUAUUUUGAUGAUAUUUAUAGCACUAUGUGUGCUAUUUAAUUAUUUUAUAUAAUUUUUAAUGAUAACCCAGAGAACAGAAAGCUAAAAUCCCACCAAUCUAUCGAUACUUGGUCGUAAAAGUCUCAGGAGAUUUGUUUUAAUUUUAAAAUCCAAACUCAAAUUAAUUAUCUGUGGGACUUGAGCCGUCUGUCGUAACUUAAUGUACUGAGAUGAUUUGUUUUUAAAUGAUACAGCAAAUAAAAAUGAAGUUGUGAUGUUA